AUGGUUAAGUAUUCGUGGGAGCCCAAGACCGAGGAUGAGUCUCGUACCUGCAAAGCCCGUGGAUCUUACUGGCGUGUGCACUUCAAGAACACCCAUGAAGUUUGUCAAGCCAUCAAGGGCAUGACUCUUUCACGGGCUCAGGCCUACCUGAAGAACGUCAUUGCCAAGAAGGAGAUCGUGCCAUUCCGUCGCUUCAAUGGCAGUGUUGGUCGGCACGCUCAAGCCAAGGCCUGGGGUGUUGUACAGGGUCGUUGGCCCAAAAAGUCUGCCGAAAUGAUUUUGCACCUCCUCCACAAUGCCUUUAGCAAUGGCGUGAAUAAGGACAUCAAGGGCGGUGAGGCUAGCCGAUUGUACAUCAAGCACAUCCAGGCUAACCCUGCUCCUGCCAUGCGUCGUCGCACAUACCGUGCCCAUGGUAGAAUCAACCCCUAUAUGUCCUAUCCCUGCCACGUUGAAGUGAUUCUAGCCACCAAGGAGGAUGUUGUUCCCAAAGUAGCAGCUACGGCCGCUCAACCAGUGAAAAAGGAGUCCAAGAAGAAGCUUAAACGUCAGGCUAUGAAGGCUGAUGAUUUCUAA